UUACUUUAAAUGCCCCAAUGCAUAUUAAGAACCAGGAGAUGAGUCCUAGCUAUAUAGUUUACAGAAUCAAGCACUUUUCGGACUGAACACUAGAACAUUUCUAUUUCACUCAGCAAAUCAUGGCCCCUGUCAAGUGCAAAGCAAUGAUUAAUGUCGACCUCGGGGAGGCGUAUGGCAACUACAAGUGUGGUCCAGAUGAGGAGUUAAUCCCCAUGAUAGAUCAUGCCAACAUAGCUUGCGGAUUCCACCAACUCUUGGUUCUUGCUGUCUUGCUGUUCAUGCCCACUAAGUCCCUAACCAGCGACCCCCUGGUAAUGUCCCAAGCCGUCCACCUCAGCAAAACUCACAAUAUCAAAAUCGGUGCUCACCCAGGCCUCCCGGAUAUCCAAGGCUUCGGCCGCCGCGAAAUGACUCUCACCCCCGAAGAACACACCGCCAAUAUCAUCUACCAAGUCGGUGCGCUGCAGGGGUUCCUCUCCCAGGCGGAUGUCCCACUCCACCACGUCAAACCCCACGGCGUGCUCUACGGCAUGAUGUGCCGCGACAUCAGAAUCGCCCGCGCCGUGCUCAAAGGCGUACCACCGGGAGUCCCCGUUUUUGGAUUAGCAGGCACGUGUUUCGAGCAAGCGGCUAAUGAGCUGGGCAUCGAGUUCUGGGCCGAAUUUUAUGGAGAUGUCAAGUACAGGAAGGAUGGGAGUUUGAUUGUGGAUCGUAAGAAGCAGCCUUGGAAGAUUGAGGAUGUCAAGAGGCAUGUGAGACAGCAGUUGGAGGAGACGGCGGUUACGGCGGUUACGGGAGAGACGGUCCAGUUGGAGGUUAAGGAGUAUCCGGUUACCAUAUGUUGUCAUUCGGAUUCGCCUGGGGCGGUGGAGAUUGUGAGGGCUACGAGAGAGGUGGUAGAUGACUUUAAUCGAGCGAAUGGAUUUGUUUGAGAUUUGUAGGUUGGGUUAGGUGAAGUGAGGUGACAAGUCUGCAAUUUGUGCUAUAGUAUUGCUUGCUCUAUGGAUUCCUGGAUUUUGAUUUUAA